AUAGAUAAUUUUUAAUUAUCAUAAUAAUGAUAAAUCAUGAAGAUGAAAAUAAUCAUGAUAAAACUGCAAAAAGAUUAACUGAAGAAAUUCGAUGUAUGAACGAUUAUAAAAUCUUAUACAAUGAAAUUCAGCGUGUUGUUGCUUCAUCAGCAGUUAAAAAAGAUAACUUCAAAGAAACAUUAAUCGAAGCUUUAAGAAACAAUGGUGUUGAAACUGAAAUAAGAAAUACUGUAUUUCAUUGGGUUCGGUCACAAAGAUCAAUUCAAAGUACAUCAGAGCAAACAUUGCUUAAUCCUAAUUUAAAUUAUUUAAAAAAAGCACAAAUUCAAUGGGAAAGACGAAUUCAUAAAUCCUUGAAUUCAAUAUGUAAUGAAUUAAAUGUGCCACUUGCAAAAAUUCGGACUAAUGCUGACAAAGAAGAGCUUAUUAAUAAAUGGAGUGAAUUAAGCACUUAUGAUAUUGAUUUAUCUUUAUAUCGUCCACUUUACGCACCAAAAGACUUUUUGGAUGUUUUAUUUUCUGUUCGUGAUCCGGCGUUUAAGAAACGAAUCAAUGAACCUAACUGGGAAUUUAGUCAUAUUCAAAUUCGUGUUAAAACUCUAGAACAAUUACGAGGAAUAUAUACAGAAUUAGCCCAAGGUGUUCCUCUAUUAGGUGUAAAUAAUGAUGUACCAGCAAUGGGGAAUUAUUUGAAUUUAGAAUUAGAAAGAACAAAGUUCGGUGAGAAAAUUUUAAAUUCGAAUCAAGCUCCAGUGGCUCAAGAAUUUCUAAAACGUGGUGCUCCACGAGCCUUGAGAGGUCGUAUUUGGUCUUUAGUUCUUGGAUCAGUUGUCAAAGAUUCAGAUAAAAGAUAUUAUGAAGAAUUAAAAGAAUUAGUUCUACAGUAUGACAUAAUGGUGGAUAAAUUAAUAAUAAAAGAUGUGCAAUUAACAGCUAGUAAUGAUGAUCAAUACUUUGUCUUUGAAGAUGUUCUUUACAAGACAAUGUUGUGUUUUUCACGGGAUUCGGAGGUUUUAACAUCGGUAACAACUGACAGAAGUUCAGGUGAUCAAGUAAUUCAUGCUAUUAUCCAAGGAAAACCAGCAACUAUUGAGAAUACUUUAAUUUUUCCACCAAGUGGCGUUAUUCCAUUCCAUGGUUUUACGAUGUAUGCAGCUCCAUUUUGUUAUUUAUAUGAUGAUCCUUGUGCUAUGUAUUAUACAUUUCGUGCAUUUUAUUUACGAUACUGGUUUCGACUUCAUACGGUAUCUUGUCAUGAGCAAGGAAUCGUCGCUUUAUGUUUAUUAUUUGAACGAUUGCUCCAAUGUCAUGAACCACAGUUGUGGGCCCAUUUGAGAAAUAUACAAAUUCAACCAAUAAAAAUUGUCUUUAAAUGGAUAAUGAGAGGUUUUAGCGGACAUCUACCACCAGAACAAUUAUUAUAUCUAUGGGAUCUUAUAUUGGGAUAUGACUCAUUAGAAAUAAUUUCACUUUUAGCUGUAUGUAUUUUGAGUUUUCGUAAAGAGAAUCUUCUACAAGUGAAUAAUUUACAAAAUGUUGAGGCUAUCCUAGCAGAUUUAUCAUCUCUGAAAGUAAUGAUACUGCUACAACUUGCACUGAUAAAGGAUUGAAAUAAAAAUAAAUAAAUUUAAAGUAUUAUGUGAAUGAAUUGUAGUGCAAUAUAGACUAAACACAUGUUGAUAAAUCAUGUAUGAAGCACAAGAACGGUGAAAAUUUUUGAUCUUUUAUUUUAAAUAAAUAAAAAUAAUAUA